AUGAGCAGUGACAACGACGAUGGCGAGCAGAAGAAGCGCAGUCAGGCCAUUGACCGCACGCUUGAAGAAGAUAAGAAGACGCUGCGGCGGGAAUGCAAGAUAUUACUGCUAGGCUCCGGCGAGAGUGGCAAGAGUACCAUUGUCAAGCAGAUGAAGAUCAUCCAUCAAAAUGGCUACACCGAAGACGAGCUGGCCCAGUACCGGCAUACCAUCUACAAGAACGUCGUCGAUUGCGCAAAGGCGCUCAUUGCAGCCAUGCGCCAGUUCGAGAUCGAAGUGGAAGAAGAGAAGAACAAGGAGCACGUCGAGUACAUCACGGAAUACGUUGUCGACCCAGAGCCCGAGGCCACCAUUGACGAAAAAGUGGGAGAUGCAAUCACAGACAUAUGGAAUGAUCCCUGCAUCCCCAAGCUUCUCGAUCACGCGAAUGAGUUCUAUCUCAUGGAUUCUGCGCCGUACUUCUUCGACGAAAUCAAGAGGAUAGCCCAGCCCGAUUAUACCCCGACCGAAUCCGACGUCUUGCGGGCGCGAACAAAGACGACUGGUAUAUACGAGACCCGGUUUCAGAUGGGCCAAUUGAGUAUACACAUGUUCGAUGUUGGCGGGCAAAGAAGUGAGCGGAAGAAAUGGAUCCAUUGCUUCGAAAACGUCACCUCCAUCAUCUUCUGCGUCGCCCUGAGCGAAUACGACCAGGUGCUCCUAGAAGAGAGCAGUCAAAACCGCAUGAUGGAAUCCCUUGUCCUCUUCGACUCGGUGGUGAACUCCCGAUGGUUUAUGCGCACAUCGAUCAUUCUCUUCCUGAACAAAGUCGACCUUUUCCGCGCGAAACUGCCCAAAUCCCCCCUCAUCAACUACUUCAACGACUACACUGGCGGUAACGACGUCAAUCGCGCGGCGAAGUACCUGCUGUGGAGAUUCAAUCAGGUCAACCGCGCACAUCUCAACCUCUAUCCUCACUUGACACAAGCGACCGACACCUCCAACAUUCGCCUGGUCUUCGCUGCGGUGAAAGAGACCAUCCUCCAGAACGCACUCAAGGAUUCGGGCAUCUUAUAA